UGCUCUGCCUGAACCUAUUGGGACAACAAGCAUGAAAGUGAAAUCCUCCUCUGUAAGAAGAGUUGUAGCAAUUUUAGCUCCUGUAGUUGGCUUCAUUUUGCUUAGCAUCUUGUUCCUCGGCACCUAUUUUAUACGUAAACGAAGAACACAACGAAAAUAUGAGAUGGAGAUGGAGGAAGAGUUUGGGGAGCUACAAGGAACACCAAUGAGGUUCACAUUUCAGCAGCUAAAUGCAGCAACCGAGCAAUUCGCAGACAAGCUCGGGGAAGGAGGAUUUGGGUCUGUUUUCAAGGGUCAAUUUGGUGAUGAAAGGAUUGCAGUAAAACGUUUGGAUCGAGCGGGUCAGGGCAAAAAAGAAUUUUCUGCAGAGGUUCAAACAAUUGGCAGCAUUCAUCAUAUUAAUUUGGUCAGAUUAAUUGGUUUCUGUGCAGAGAAAUCGCAUAGGCUCUUGGUAUAUGAGUACAUGCCAAAAGGAUCCUUGGAUAGAUGGAUCUAUCAUCAACAUGACAAUGAUUCACCUCCCCUGAAUUGGAGCACGCGGUGCAAGAUUAUCACUCACAUAGCUAAGGGUCUCGCUUAUCUUCAUGAGGAGUGCAUGAAAAAGAUUGCCAAUUUGGAUAUCAAACCACAAAACAUCCUCUUAGAUGAUGACUUCAAUGCUAAACUUUCUGAUUUUGGACUAUGCAAGCUCAUUGACAGGGAUAUGAGUCAAGUGUUUACCAAAAUGAGAGGCACACCUGGAUAUUUAGCUCCUGAAUGGUUGACAUCACAGAUCACGGAAAAGGCUGAUGUCUAUAGCUUUGGUGUUGUGGUCAUGGAAGUCAUCAGCGGAAGAAAGAACCUCGACAAUUCUCGAUCCGAAGAGAGCAUCCAUCUCAUCACCCAAUUGGAGGAAAAGAUUGAUUGCAAAAGAAGGCCUAAAAUGUCUGAGGUAGUCAAGGUCUUGGAAGGUGCCAUGAAUGCAGAGAGCAACAUUGAUCAUAACUUCGUUGCAACAUAUCAAGUGUAUUUCAGCGCUGCUGGAAAUGUGGUCUCAUCGGUUCCACCUCUAGCUCCACAUGUAUCAGGUCCCAGGUGAAAUGACAAAAUCUUGACAACAUAGACAAUUAGAUUACAAGCAGGACAUGAGAUAUUCUUAUGUAAAGCAAAUGACAAGUCUGUUGUAUCUUCUAAAAUUAUUAUAAUCUGAAGCCCCUUAUCUUGAGUUAAUUUUACCUGCAAAGUAUUUCAAUAUUGCAAACCUUCUUGUUCUACAGCAGCUGGACUUAAUUUAUUUAUUAGAAUGUUCAAUUUUUUCAUGUAAUGCAAGUCUGUUUUCAGAUCAACUA